AUGGCAUCUCACGAAGAUCUAAUGUUCCAGUUUGAUUCCGGAUCCGCAGCUGAAGAGGACCCUUUACAAAGAAUGCCUGAUUUAGAAAGCCAACAGGGUGAUAAUUAUACCACCCCAAGAGGUUUCGAUGAUGACGAAUUGUUAUCCAUCAACACCAACGGCGAUGACGAGACACUGUUCUCCAGAUCCACUGCUACUACGUUGUUGGAUCAGACUCCCGACGUGUCAGCAGCAGUGAGAAAUAAUUCAACACAAUGGUCACGUGAUUACACUUCUGCCUCCAACACUGGCAGCUCGACCGUGGCAUCCUCAAGACGUCCAACCAUCGAUCGUUCCAUCGUCACCGGACACAUCACUACCACUCUGGAUGACAAUGAGCGUCGCGCUGCAUCGAUUAGUUCCGCUUCUGACCAUCACCAUAAGGCAUCGUCGCACAGAUUUUCCCUGCCUAAUCUAUUCCAUUCCAUUCGUCGUAUAAACCCAAGUACCAAUCAUCCUUCCGUAUCGGUGGUAUCUGAAGGGCAGGAUCCUAGAAGACACUCACUAAACCAAGCUAUGGUUUUCUCUAACUAUAACAACUAUUUGAACGACUGUAUUUUCGACGACAGCGUGAAAACCGUGGAUCAAGAGAGAAAACUACGGCUUGAACAGUUGGCUGAUAAAUUCUGGCUACGCGAUGGGAGUAUCGACGAGGAUAUGUUCGACGAAAGCAGUGACGAAGAGCACGAAGAACAGGAAGAAAUUUCGCACCACAACCACCGUCGUAGUUCGCUAACCCGCAAGAGUAAGAGCGUCCUAUGA